UUCAUGUGGAGACAACCCCUGGUUUGCUACGUCGCUCCAUAGACGACGGCGGCGACGACAAGUCGACGACGGAAAUCUUCCCGAACUCGUCUUCUCCCUCGCAUCUAAUCAGAUUGUCAGAGUGAGACAGAAAUGGUGAUUCCACCACCAGUAAGACCAUUGCCGUUGGUCAAUUUCCUCAAACCCUACAUGCUUAAAAUGCAUUUCACAAACAAGUUUGUUCAUGCCCAAGUCAUGCAUUCGCCGACUGCCACAGUGGCUUUUUCGGCGAGCUCACAGGAGAAAGCCCUGAGGGGAGGCAUGGAAUCCACACGGGACGUGGCCGCUGCUGCAAAGAUAGGGAAAAUCCUCGGAGAACGCCUUCUGAUGAAAGGUAUUCCAGCUGUUUCCAUAAACUUGAAUAGAGAUCAGAGGUAUCACGGUAAGGUCAAGGCGGUCAUUGAUUCGAUCAGAGAAGCUGGUGUUAAGUUGCUCUAGUGACAAACAAAGCUUAUCGAAGCCAUUGUCUUUUUUUGGGGUUCUGUUCUGGUUGUUCUGAAGAUGAAAGAAACCCGAUGUUGAAUUGAAUUUCUCGGUUUUGGGUUCAUACGUUGGUGAUCAGAAUCUUGCUGUUAAAACGUUUUUUCCGGUUGUCUUCUUAAUCUAAAUGAAUCUAGUUCAA